AUGGCCAGCGCUGCUUCGCUGCUUCGCAGACUGAUUCUCGAGUCUCCCCCGGGAGAGUGGGCCAUUAACCAGCUACGCGAGCUCUUGAUCGGCGCUCUGAAGCAGGGCCCCGUCCCGCAGCAUGUAGCCUUCGAGAUGGACGGCAACAGGCGCUAUGCUCGAACCCAUCGAAUGGAAACCGUCGAGGGCCAUCACCGCGGAUUCGAAGCACUUGCCAGAAUCAUGGAAAUUUGCUACAAGUGUGGCGUCAAGGUCGUCACCGUAUAUGCAUUCAGCAUUGAAAACUUUAACCGCCCCAAAUACGAAGUGGAAGGUCUCAUGCAGCUUGCCAAGGUCAAGCUUGAGCAGCUCACUACCUAUGGAGAUAUUCUCGACCGCUACGGCGCCUGUGUUCGCGUCCUCGGCCAGCGCGACAUGAUUCGCGACGAUGUCCUGCAAGUCGUUGACAAGGCAGUUGCCCGAACCAAGCAUAACAACAAGGCUGUGCUGAAUAUCUGCUUCCCUUACACCUCUCGAGCCGAAAUCACCACCGCCAUCCGCGAGACCGUCCAAGACUUCCUCCACCCGCCUCCUCCUAAAAAUACUCCUUUUUCGCCUUCGCGUAUCCGCCAAAAGGUUCUUUCUUCCCAGUAUGACGAUCGCGACACGCUUCCGACCAUCCGCGAUGCCUCGCCCGACGACCGUGCCGAGGGCGACGCUGACAAGGACCUCGACGGUGAUACCGGCGACUCUUCUUCAACGCUCCUGCCAGACUCACCCCAGCCCCGUGUCCGCGCAAGAAAAAGCUCCGCCGACUUGUCGGUCCUCCCCAAUCCCGAAUCGAUUACGGCUGAUACUCUCGACAGCCACAUGUACACGGCGCCGGAUCCGCCUCUGGAUGUCUUUGUUCGCACCAGUGGUGUGGAGCGUCUCAGUGACUUUAUGCUCUGGCAAUGUCACCAGGAUACACAAAUCUUCUUUCUCAAGUGCUUCUGGCCAGAUUUUGACCUGCAGCAUUUCGUCUUUGUUCUGCUCGAGUGGCAGUGGCGGCAGAAGCAGAGAGCCAGGGACGGCUCGGUGCAGAUCAAGGGCAACAAGGUGCGCAGGGCGAUGGAAUAG